CCGCGGCCGCGGGGGGCUCGGGCGCGCGCCGCGGGGCAGAGCUCGUGGCUCCCGGGGGCCGGGGCUCCCGACCGCGCCCCCUCCCCCGCCCCGACCCUCGGAGGACGGCGGGUUGUGGAGCUCCAGGAGACCGUUUUCCGUCGCCACCGAGGAAGCAAGGAGGGGGUCCGCCACCGCAGCCGCAACCCCUCCAAGUCCUUAUUUUCCCGCCUCCCGUCUCCACGUUCUGAACGUCGUUUCGUUCCUUUGGUUUCUCCUCCUCCGGGCGCUUGUAAAGCAAUGACUGCAGUUCUGGGCGAAGCCGUACGGUCCUGCUCCCCCACGUCCACGCUUUACUAGACAACGUAAUGCUUGUGAAUAUGCUUAGAAAUGCCGUCGUGCUUUCCAAAACACGUUCGACCGUGCGGUUUCUUCCGUAGGCCUGGGUCAAGGACUGCAGGUCGUCCUGGUCAUACCGGGUCGGGUGCCUACAGUUGCCGGGGAGAAGACCGGGAGAACUUUCAGGAAAAGACUUAGCUGUAUCCAACAAUUCAGAUAUGGCGGAAAUGAAGUCCAUGUUCCACGAAGUUCUUCCAAAACAAGGGCAGUUGUCAGUGGAAGAUAUAACCACAAUGGUGCUGUGUAAACCCAAACUUUUACCCUUAAAAUCUCUGACUCUGGAAAAACUGGAGAAAAUGCAGCAAGCAGCCCAGGAUACGAUUCGCCAACAAGAAAUGGCAGAAAAAGAACAACAGCAAAUCACUCACUGAAUAACUUAGCACUUUUACAGAAUACCUACCUUACUAUUAACAAUAGACAAUUAUUUGCAUCUGUGUGCUGAAGAUAGUGAAACUAACAGUACUUUUAAAUAAUAUUAAAAAUACCCGAGACUAAUGAAACUCGUGAAUUUAGACACUCUGGUUUGUAUUGUACUUUGAGUAAUUAAAAAACUUUGAACCCAAA